AUGGCGCCCGUCCUGCGGCCGCGACAGAGCCUCUCCGCAGAGCGCUUCACGACCUACUUUAAGAACCUGCGCAGCCAACCAUACUCGGACCCAAACACAUCAAGAGCGCCCGGCGCCAGCAAUAAUCUGAGAUGUAUCGCGUGGAAUCCGCUAGGGACGCUGGUGGCUACGGGAUCGAGCAGCAAGACGCUGCGAGUCUGGAACCCGGAAAAGGCGCACGUCAAGUUCUCGACGGAGCUCAAGGGCCACGCGGCGCCGAUUGAAAAGGUCGCGUUCAACCCGACCAAGGACGCGGAGCUGUGCAGCGUCAGCAGCGACGGCGUCGUCAAGUUUUGGGACGUCCGCACCAAGGCCUGCUUCAACGAAGUGUCUGGGCUCGGGGACGCCUUUACGCUGGUAUGGGCGCCCGACGGGCAGACGCUCAUUGUCGGCAACAAGGACGAUGCGUUGUACAUUCUCUCACCUACCUCCACCACGCCCAUCUCGUCGCACCAGCAGCCUGUGCAGACGAACCAGGUCGCGUUUUGCUGGAGCGGGACCAAGGUCUUUGCCACGACGGGCGACGGCCGCACGCGCAUCCUCGCGUACCCGUCCCUCGCGCCGGUGCUGGAGCGCGCGGUCGCGUCGGACGACGACAGGAAGCGCGAGUUUGCGCUGAGCGGGCACACAUCGUCGUGCCUGACGGCCGAGAUGCAGCCCACGGCGCGCUUCCUGGCCACGGGCGGCUCCGACUCGGUCAUUGCGCUGUGGGACACGGCCGACUGGCUCUGCACGCACACGCUCACGCGGAUGACGGGGCCGGUGAGAAGUCUGAGUUUCACGUUUGACGGGUCUUACAUUGUUGGAGGUAGUGACGAGGGCAAUGGAUUGGAGGUAUGUCAUGUUGAGACGGGUGAAGUGGUGCACACGGUCAAGACGGCGGGCUCUUGCCCCGUGGUGGCGUGGGCUCCGACGCGGUACUGUUUGGCGUAUACGGAUCUUGGGAUGCUACGUAUUCUCGGUGUGGAUGUAGAUAAAAAGUAA